GUCGAGAGUGGGAGGGGAAACCCCGUGCGAGGAGUGCCGCCAUCUUGGAUAAGGGGGGGUGAUGGGGGCGCAGUGGAGUCAGCGGAGCCGAGCCUGAGGGAGCCCCGGAGAGAGGCGGAGACCCGGCCCGGCCGUUGCCCAGCCUGAAGCAGAGCGCUGAUAGUGCCCACACUGGGAGACCGGGCUGCCACCGACAGAGCCACGCUGCACAGCCGCCCGCUCCCCGAGCUCAGUGCCACAAUGGCAACUGCACCUUACAACUAUUCCUACAUCUUUAAGUACAUCAUUAUUGGGGACAUGGGUGUAGGAAAGUCCUGUUUGCUUCAUCAAUUUACAGAAAAGAAGUUUAUGGCAGACUGUCCCCACACAAUUGGUGUUGAAUUUGGCACAAGAAUAAUUGAAGUUAGUGGCCAAAAAAUUAAACUACAGAUUUGGGAUACAGCAGGACAAGAGAGAUUCAGGGCUGUCACAAGAAGCUAUUACAGAGGAGCAGCAGGAGCUCUCAUGGUCUAUGACAUUACCAGAAGAAGUACAUAUAACCACUUAAGCAGCUGGCUGACAGAUGCAAGGAACCUCACCAAUCCAAAUACUGUGAUAAUCCUUAUAGGAAAUAAAGCAGAUCUGGAAGCACAGAGGGAUGUUACAUAUGAAGAAGCCAAACAAUUUGCUGAAGAAAAUGGUUUAUUGUUCCUUGAAGCAAGUGCAAAAACUGGAGAGAACGUUGAGGAUGCCUUCCUGGAGGCUGCCAAGAAAAUCUACCAGAACAUCCAAGAUGGAAGCCUGGAUCUGAAUGCUGCAGAGUCUGGUGUACAGCACAAACCGUCAGCUCCGCAGGGGGGGCGGCUAACCAGUGAACCCCAGCCCCAGAGAGAAGGCUGUGGCUGCUAGUGACCUCUGUUCCAUGGCUUCAUUUCUGACCUUUCACCUCUGUCUGAGGGGAGUGGUGCUUUUGACCCCUUCCCUGUCUUCUGUACAUCUUACUGGGUUUAAUUAAAACUCUCAGACAAGUUUAACACAGUACUAAACUGCUAAACAACUUUAGAUGUAAUCAGGUUAUCAAAGGCAAGUAGAGUAAUAAAACCUCUCCUGCAUGGUAAAUCUAGAAGUUUAUUUUUUUCCUCCUUGAUUGUCCUUGUGAUAGUGUCACCCAUGCAUAAUUUAAACUGAGCACUGAUGCUGGACUCCUGAUUUUACACUUUUGCAGGGCUUUGUCUUGUACGGUUUAAUUUUAUGGUUCUUUGGCCUUUCUUCCCCCACCUCCUAACUGUUUAGAGCUGUCCAUAGUAAAGGCUAAGUUUUUGCUGUGAAAUGAAUUCUGAUGGUAGCAAGGGGCUCUGUAACAAUGUGCUUUUGUUGGAAGAACUCCCUGUGGUGUGUGUCUCGGGGGGUCGGGGUGGGCUGGCGCGGGAGCGUUGGACUCGCACAGGGAAGCGAUCCGUUCAUUCUUGUGCUCAUGGCUUUCCAUCCUUUUUUUGGCCACUUCUAUCCUUUCCAUUUGUUAACAGAACGUAAAUAUGUAUAAAAUUUGAAGGAACUGAGCUAACAGUUAAAUACAUCCUGUGUAUAUGAUUUUAAUGAAGAAAUGAUUACUGGCAUUAGGACAGUAUAUAAGAAAAUACCAGUUUGUACAGUCUGACCUAUCCGUGACCACGCUGCCCCCCCCUUGUAGUACAGCAAUCGGUGUGGCUGCAGAUCACUAACAUAGGCUUAAACUGCUCGAUGUCAACAGUGGACAUUGUGCUGGGGGAGCUCUAAUCCCAACACAGAAAUUAACACUAGUGGAGUCUGUCCUUCAUCUCUGCACUGUGGUGUUUCCACGCCGUUCUCUUCACCCUUCCUGUGCAAUCAGCAGUGUGCUCUAACCUGCUUCUCUUCGGUGGGCCUCUCGCGUUACUGGGCUUCAGCACCUGCCUUGCACUGUGUCCAAAGGCUGGUUCUCUUGCACAUCUUCUGCUUUUGUACCUUUAACUUUCUGAAUGGUCAGAGGCUGAACUGGACAGUCCAACAAGGCCUGUGCUCUCUAGGGAUUUUUAACUGCUCUUGUAUUUUUUUAUAGCAGUUCCCUGUGAGGGUUUGAGGCUUGAGCUUUUUCAUCAAGCUUUUGAGUGUGUCCCACAGGGGCUGACACAGCCUGCAGUGCUUGUAGGAAGGGGAGGUUCUGAGCGGUGACUGCACACGUAGGGGUUGCUGGGGUGUAAGGCUCUGUAAGCAGGGCUGAUGUAUCAUAUGGAGCUUCACUUGGAAGAUGGCAGGGGAUGAGUGCUUAACCACCAUGAAAUGUCUGACUGCAGUGCUUGAAAUACAAAGUGGUCUCAAAAUCCCUCUCUAGACACUAAAACUACAAUGUUCAGACAUGUAAGUAAGCAGUGGUACCAGAGUAUUGUACAGUCAAUGUUAAAUACAAGCCAAAAACUGGAAUGUGCAGACAAUAGGAUUUGGGUAACUUGUGCACUGUCCCUCUGUUUUGUCUGGUUAGUCCUUUUUUAAACUAAUAUUCUUAAGUAGAUGGGUAUGUCCAAGAUCUACAGCUAAUGAAUGCAUCCAGCUUAAACCCAGGUUGCACCACAAAGGGGUUUGCCCAGGGACCACAACCUGCUGCUGAUGUGAAGUCAAUGUUCUAAUGACUACAGCUUGUUGAGGUGCAAUACCUGUACUCCAGAGUAAGUUACAGUAGGUCUUCUGUUUCUGUCACAGAAAGGAUUUGUUUGGACUGCUGUACUCAUUUGAUGUAACAAUGCUAUUAAUCUAAAUAUUUGUAAAUAAAGUACCUGUAUCUAGAUAAA